CCACAGCAGCAUGUCUGUAAGGAGGAGGAGGUUCUCACUGACCAGCAGCUCUGUCCCCAGGAGAGGAACUCCAGUCUGGACCAAGAGGAACAAGAACCUCCACAGACUAAAGAGGAACAGGAGGAAAUGUGCACCAGUCAGGAGGGAGAGCAGCUCGUACUGAAGCAGGAGACUGAAACCUGCAUGUUGACUCCUCAUGGUGAGGAAAGUGACCACAGAGAACCAGACGGUGAGCACCAGCUCCUCUCUCACAACUCUCCUGUAGCUGAGAGCCAAGAUGAGAACAGAAGAAAACAUGUGGAUUCAGGAUCAACAGGAAAUGAAGAACCAAACCCACAGAAGAGUUUUCAUGAAAACAGGAGUCAGGGUAUCAAUGUGGACAACUCUCCCAAAUCAGUGAUUAACUCUCAUGCUCACACAGAGCUCCCACAGCAGCAUGUCUGUAAGGAGGAGGAAAUGUCCACCAGUCAGGAGGGAGAGCAGCUCGUACUGAAGCAGGAGACUGCUGCUGCUGAAAUGAUAUUCACAGUCUUUGAAAAAACCAUCGUCCAGUACGAAGAAGAGGUGGAUCGUCAGCGCAGACUGCUGGAGAGCGUUUUGAAACCUGAAAUAAAGCUGCACAGGAUCGAGCUCCCACAGCAGCAUGUCUUUAAGGAGGAGGAGGUUCUCACUGACCAGCAGCUCUGUCACCAGGAGAGGAACUCCAGUCUGGACCAAGAGGAACAAGAACCUCCACAGAUUAAAGAGGAACAGGAGGAAAUGUGCACCAAUCAGGAGGGAGAGCAGCUCGUACUGAAGCAGGAGACUGAAACCUGCAUGUUGACUCCUCAUGGUGAGGAAAGUGAUCAGAACAGCAGAAAACGUGUGGAUUUAGGAUCAACUAGUUAUAAGGAAUCAAACCUACAAAAGAAAAUUCAUGAAAACAGCAGUGACUAUGUUCAAAAGUCUCCCACAUCAGAGACUGACUCUGAUACUUCCAAAAACAAAAAGCCUUUAAAAUGUAUUGGGAACUUUACUGCACAUUUGAGGAUUCACACUGGUGAAAAGCCGUAUUACAAAAUGAGUUACAAGCGUUUGGCAAGUAGUAGCGUCUUGGACGAUCACAUGUAUUGUCUAAAAGCUGCAAAGCAAUAUUGUUGCCGAAAAUGUGGGAAACAUUUUGGUAGAAUGGACACAUGAGGAUUCACACUGGUGAGAAUAUAUAUUGUUCGAAAAUGUUUGGAGGUAGUGAAUAUUGGAAACUCUAUAUGAGGACUCCCACGGGUGAGAAGCCGUAAUGUUGCCAAACUUGUUGGAUACGGUUUGAGUGUAUUGGUUAUUUGAAAGUCCACAUGAGGACUCCCCCAGGUGAGAAGCCGUAUUGUUGCCCAACGUGUGGGAGAGGAUUCACUCAGUCGUCAGACAUGAAAAAGCAUUUCAAGACUCACACAUGUUAAAAUCUUAUGAGAGAGUUUGCAGACUGGAUUAAUUGAUAGCACAUGAGAAGAGAUCACGCCGGGGAGAAUUCAUAUCACAGCAACAUCUCAGGACAAAGAUACUUUGAAGUGAUAUGUUUGUAAGUUAUACGAGGCAAGCUCAAGAAGCUCAGAGACUGAACCUUUAACAAGUCAAAACUGUUCCUGAUUAAAGUUCGGCCACUGUCUCCUCUGAAGUGAUUACGGUAAUUUUGGGAAAACUGUAAUUUAACACACAUGAAAACGAAUUUAAGAGGUCAUACAAACUAAAAGAGUCAAAGGUUGUUUGGCCUUAAAGUACAUUAAUGGGUCACUCAGUUCCUAAAAGAGAGGUCCUGUGCACAGAAAGUAGAGAAGCUUAUAAAGCAUGAUGCCCUAAGAACUGUAAAAUGACAAGACGACACCGCAGUGGAAAGGGUGGUUGAGUAACUGGAGGAGUUUUGAUGCUGAGAUGUUUUCAAGUAUAGGCAUAGGACAGGUAUCAGUGUGUUCUCCACAAUGACAACACACGUCCAUUUCUCACCAGAGAGUGGCAGCAGAGAUCCUCCCCUCAGAGUAAACUCUCCCUUCACCAUAUGUCCAAAAUUAUGCAGACACCCAAACAUACACAGUAUCCAAAAUCAUUAUCAGUGUCUCAAGACCUGCAGACUACAGUUCAGCCAGUUUACUGUUGCAAUAAUGUCCAACAGGAACAUGCGCAUUGUGGAGAAGAGAGUAUUCGUGAGCUUUGGUGACAACAGCUUCAGUUUUGGGAACCUUCAUGUUUUCAAAAGAGAGGAAGAUGAAGAACUGGGUUAAAAGAAGUGAAAAAGAAGCUGUGGGUGCAUGAAGAAAAAAAACAGGAUUUAGAAUGGUACUUAAUAAAGCUCAUAAGGUCCCCUUAAAUUAAUUAAACCUGCACCAAACUUCACACAAAUAUAUAACUAUCAGUUUCCUAAACAAGUCUGUUUUUUUUUU